CAACACUUUUCAAAAUGUCUGCAAUUGGGACCCUUGUCUUUUGCACGGACUGUGGCAAUCUACUGGAUAGCUCUGCCGGAGACCACAAUACGAUCCUAAUCUGCCACUGCUGUGGAGCACAAAACAAAAAUACUGCCGCGAAGACCACUACAACUACUUCUACUCCAUCCUCCUUCCCUUCCCUCUUGAGACAAAAGCGAUCGACUAUCCAGACGGUGGAGCGAAGUGAUAUGCGACAAACUGAGGCAUGGAUUCAGCAGUCUUGUCCAGAAUGUGGCAGAGAGAAGGUUCGGUUUAGUGCUGUACAGCUGAGAAGUGCCGAUGAGGGCAGUACAAUUUUCUACACUUGCGAUUGUGGUUAUAAGUGGAAUGAAAAUAACUGAACCCCAACACCAAUUUUCUGUUCAUCCCAAAGUUGCCAUGCUUGGUGCAAAGGGGUUGGACUCGCCAACACCCUGGUCAUGAUUACCUCAAGGGUGUUUAUCGCACGCAUAAUUUAUGAGGGGCCCAAUGAGCUACUUUUGACGGCCCAAGCACUUUGGUACCUAGCAUUCUACAAAACCAAAACAUGUACAUUUGCCCGAAACGCCAGCAGUAUACCCCUCCCUCGAUAGCACAUGCUUCUAUGCAGGUGUAGCCUCCGGAAUCAAUGCGUAUUCAACCUCGCCAGCCUUCUCAAACUCCGCCAUAUCUAGAGCAACCACAACACUGUCCCUAACGACCUGCUCUUUGUCGUUCAAAAAACGCUUCAAGAUAUCCU